AUGUUUUUACGUUUUUAUAAUCGACUACUUUAUAUCUAUAACGAAUUAUUUAAUUUUCUUCGAUUUACUGUGUUUCUACCAUUUUGCGAAUUCGUGCCCCAUCAUGACUUAUUUUAUUUAAUUGUUACAUAUCAAAGGACACUGGUUUACAAACAUAAAAAUGAUUGUUGA